AUGACGGACCUCAAUACCCCCGACUCAUUCCCUGCCACGCCUGAUGGCUUGGUCGACAGAGAUGGUCUCAGCAGCCCCACGUCGCCCGGUUCCGCCGAUUCUUCCGAGGCUAGCACCCCACUCGAAGGCCCUUCUGAGAACCUCUCAGACUUUCCCAAGCGUGUACCCUCAUUGCGAACAGUCUCCGAUCCGCAAAACAUGACGCCUUCUUCGACGCCCCUUGGCAUGUUGAACAACGCUCGUGGACCACCUGCCCCCGCACGGCCACCUGCUACCGCCUCCAUGAUGAGCAUGGGCAGCGGGCCGAUGAACGAAGUCAUGGCAAGAGCGCGAGCGCUCCACGCUCAGCGCAUGCCAGGUGGCAUGACUGGAGGGCUCCCGGGCAACCUUAAGCUGCCGGAUGGUAUGGCUAGGCCGCCCCCUGGCCACAUGCCUCGAUCCGCUCCUGUCAUUCCGACGAAGCAACCCCCGCUCUCCAAGAGGCGGCCCAUGAUGAGGUUGUCUGACAUGAGUGGUUCCACGCCUACGGCGUCUUCGACACCCAAGCUCUCCGAUAUACAUGGUUCCCAUAACAACGGAGGCGCGCCGAAUGGAACGACAGGGUCCAAGAUGGACGAUUUCAAAAAGUACAUCGACUCUGAGAAGGGCUGGAUCACUUUUGAUGGCGCUGCGACCAUCACCAAAACUGGAGUGAAUUUCGCCAACGGCACCGCCUUCACAAUCUCUUUGGACGAAGUCGAGGUCAUGGACGAACUGGGGAAGGGAAAUUACGGCACUGUUUAUAAAGUCAAGCACACAAAACCAAGGGUACCUCGGUUCGGAACUGGUCUGGGUGGCUUCAAGCCUGGAAGCUUAGGCACUGCGCACUCGGAUCCCUCGCCCAUUAGGAGACCCGACGGACCCCCGGAUUCAUCACCAGUGUCUGCGGCACCAGAAGCCACGUCAGGGAGAGUAAUGGCCAUGAAGGAGAUCCGCUUGGAACUGGAGGAGGCCAAGUUCACAACGAUUUUGAAGGAGCUCGUCAUCUUGCACGAGUGCAUAUCACCUUACAUCAUCGAUUUCUACGGGGCCUUCUUUCAAGAGGGCGCGGUAUACAUGUGCAUUGAGUACAUGGACGGCGGAUCUAUUGACAAGUUGUACGAAGGCGGUAUCCCGGAAGGCGUACUACAAAAGAUCACCUACUCAACGGUAAUGGGCCUCAAGUCGUUGAAGGACGAGCAUAACAUCAUUCACCGAGACGUGAAGCCAACGAACAUCCUGGCCAAUACCAGGGGCCAAGUCAAGAUCUGCGAUUUCGGCGUUAGCGGGAACCUCGUUGCAAGUAUUGCCAAGACCAACAUUGGCUGCCAGAGCUACAUGGCACCCGAAAGAAUAUCAGGAGGUGGAAUGGCUGCUGGCGCCGAUGGCACCUAUAGCGUGCAGAGCGAUAUUUGGAGUUUGGGCUUGACAGUUAUCGAGUGUGCAUUAGGACGGUACCCAUACCCACCUGAGGUAUCGUCGACGAUUUUCAGCCAGCUGAGUGCCAUUGUCGAAGGCGAACCUCCCGGUCUGCCCGAGGAGGGAUACUCUAGUACGGCGCAUGACUUCGUCCGCAAAUGUCUCAACAAGAUUCCCAAGGACCGCCCGACAUACGCAGCACUGCUACAACACCCCUGGAUGGCGCCUUUCUCCAAGAUCGAAACGAUCGCCGAGGAGGCCGAGGAGGGAGAUGAGGCCGAAGCCGUGGCCGAGACUGUUGGCAAACUCUCCCUGUCGUCCGGGACCGAAGAUGAAGAAGUAGCAGAGUGGGUCAAGUCCGUGUUAGAGCGUAAGCGCUCUGGUCUCGUCGCUCCGGCAGCACGGCCAGCACUCCAUGCCGUACCACUGGACAGUGUCAGCCCCUCACCGAGCCCCCUAGCUGGGUCGGGUGGCCAGUUGCAGUAA